UAUCCAGUAUUACAUCAAAAUGACAAUAUUGUCCUACACCGUCUUCAUUCUCUAUACCCUGAUUGCUCUGGUGAAUCUUGUGGUUGAUAUGUGUCUCCAGAGGCAGUCCAGGUCGUCUCCUGCUUCUAACGUACUUAAAGGACGUUACAUGGUCCAAUGGCUAUUUUACAACGUCACCGUCACAUGGACCUGUAUUGUCCUGGUUGUCUUCUGGGGAGCCCUCUACGACCCUGCCUAUCCAGACUGGUUAUUUGACAUCACCUGCCACACCCUACCAGGGGUCUUCAGUAUCCUAGAGCUCACCUUCACAGCGACACCUUGUCGAAUCGUCCAUGUCAUCUACCCUUUCAUCUUCGGGAUCAGCUAUCUCACAUUCACCCUGAUCUACUGGGCGACUGGACAUGCUCCGAUAUACUCGAUCCUCGACUACAGCGGCAGCCCGAAACUGUCGGCCGUGUCGGUCGUCAGUAUUUUCGUGUUCAUUUUCGUGUUUCAUCCAGUGAUGUGGGGGCUCACCAAGCUUAGAAAACGCGUGGCGGAAAGGCUCAACUGUUCUCAAGGUCUACGAGGCGAUCAAUAUGAGCAGAUCGAGCCAUGAUGUGCACCUAGCUCCCUCAUCGUUUGACGAAUCGGGCUGAUACCGAUGCAUAUAAUGGGCCGAUUAGCGCUACGCUUGCUUUUAGCGUACUCCCACUACUACAAUUCUGCUACAACACAUUUGUGUCUCUCUAUUUUUUCUACUCAACCAAGGCGGCAUACCCGGAAGGGGGAAGGGGCAUAGUUCCCCUAAUUGUUCAAGUAUCUCAAAAGUGCCCCUUUCUAUAUAGGAAAAGUAAACACAUUAGAAAGGUGCCCCUUUUUAUUUCUAAUAGGUGCCAGUUUCACUUUUUUGUGUAAGUGAUCCUUACAGCCUCUGCCAAGUGUACAUUUUCCUUUGUAAUAAGUGUCCCUUUUUAUUUCUGAUGAGUGCCCCUUUUCACUUCUGAUAAGUGCCCCCUC